UCGAGAAUCGACCCCCAGUCCGACUCACGUAAGUUAGUUCUGUUUAUAAAUACGCAUACGGGCCUGAUGAAAGUCUGAUGUGUAGUCUAAAAAAGAAGAAGAAUUAGACAAAUAAAAGUAACAACAAAAAAUGCUUGUUAGGUUAGGAUAAAGAGGAGGUUGAAGUUGAAUAUUGUUUAAACUUUUAUGUACUUAAAUUUGUUUAAUAAAUAUGAGAUACGCACAAUUGGUAAUCGGUCCAGCUGGUAGCGGAAAAUCUACAUAUUGCUCCGCUUUGGCUCAACAUGGAGUCGACGUAAAAAGAAAUAUAGAAGUUGUGAACCUGGAUCCAGCAGCAGAAUACUUCAAUUAUACCCCAAUGGCCGAUAUAAGGGAAUUAAUUCACGUAAAGGAUACAAUGGAAGACGAAGAACUUCAUUUCGGCCCCAACGGAGGUCUGAUUUUUUGCAUAGAAUAUCUUUUAGAGAACUCGGAUUGGCUGCAUGAUAAAUUAGGCGACCAGGAAGAUGAUUAUAUACUAUUUGAUUGCCCAGGACAAAUAGAAUUGUACACGCAUCUGACGGCUAUGAAAAAGUUGGUUAAACAGCUACAAGAUUGGAAUUUUAGUAUUUGUUCGGUUUUCCUCGUUGAUGUACAGUUUGUAACUGACGGUAGCAAGUUUAUAUCUGGUACAAUGGCUGCUUUAAGUGUGAUGGUUAAUUUGGAACUACCUCAUGUUAACAUUUUAUCCAAAAUGGAUUUAUUAAGUAAAGGUGCAAAGAAUAAACUGGACAGAUUUUUAGAACCAGAUUCUCAUUUUAUUUUAGGAGAUAUCGAGCUAUGCGGAAACACAGCUUUUAAUGUGAAACAUCGUAAAUUAACUGAAGCCAUUGGAAAACUCAUAGAAGACUACUCUCUAGUUAGAUUCAUUCCUUUAAAUUUAAAAUCUCUUGAGAAUGUUGGUGAUGUGUUGUUAACGAUAGACAAUGUUAUACAGUUUGGCGAAGAUCAGGAUAUAAAAACGAAAGAUUUUGAAGAUAAUGAUGACACUUAAAAUAUUUUUAUUUUUUCAUGUUCCUUUUUUAAAGUAUCUGCUUAAGAAUAAAAAUAAAACUUGUUGAAAAUUGUUCAUAUUUAAUCAAGUUAUACUAUCAGUGGUAUGUAGCCAUUUAUUUACCAAAAGUCCCUUUAACAUUUAUAUGGGUAAAGCUUAUGCUGCAUAAUGCACUCUUAUAUCUAAUAAUUUCUACAAGAAUUGCCAACAGGUGAAUAAGUAAACUAGAUAAGUAACUGUCACGAUUUGUUUGGGUGGAAUAUGUCCCCCUUGCAUUACAG